AUGAAUGAGAUCAUGGCAGACGACAACUUGGAUGCCCGACUGGGCAAACUUCAAGAUAUCUUGGGCAAGAAAAUAACCCUUGAUCUAGCAGGGAGACGCGACAGCAGAGUGAUGCCUAGCAGCUGCGAGAAUCUAGUACCCAGUUGGGAAGAUGAACAUCUGGACUUGAAGAUGCGCCGACAUGAGACAUCUAAUGGCUACGGCGCUGAAACAGCUGCCUACAUGGCGAAUCCAGUCAAGUCUCCAGACCCCUACAAGGACAUUGACUCGGCCACGUUGAAAAUCGGGCAACCUGUCGAUGAGGAGAUUUCCUUUUGUCCCUGGCAUGCAGUUGUGCACUACCCAGCGCGGUUCAUAGGGAAAGCGAAUAAGCCAAGAGCCCAGCCCUUCUUUGACAGAGUCCUGGAGGGCAAAACAUGGGACUUCUUCUACCUCCACGAUCCUGCCGAGCCAGAACAAAAGCCAUGUCUCCUUGUCCCAACAGCCCAAUUCGUCGCGUUCCUCGAGGGCGUAAACCAAAUCCUCACAACAGAGUUAGUCAUUCCAGCCGGCCCAAACAAGCGUCUAUUCGACUUGCACUUCGGGGUGGGAGGGACACCACGGCCCCGAUACCUAUUGCGAUCGCGGGACCAGAAGAAGCUUCAUAUUGACGAAUGGCCAGCUGCACAAGAGGAAGAUCUCCGAGCAUAUAAAGACGCAGCAGAUGUGCAUCGAGAGCUAUGGGUAUCGGAAUGGAAGAAAACGAAGCAGCAUAGUUUCCCAGACAAUCGGGGUGGUUCAUAUCGUGCCGAGAAAAAAAGGGAAGCCCGUUUGCAGAUGCUCUCGCAGACACAGCUAUUUCUUGGCCUCCAGGGAGCUCGAGAUCCACCCGGAAAACCCGUUAUGUUUAUCUGUGUCGAUGUCGAAGCGAUUGAAGCUGCUCCAAACCCUGUCUCUGAAAUCGGUAUCGCUGUGCUGAACUCGGAGCACCUGAAGGACAUUGCUGCCGGACCAUCGGGAGCGAACUGGUGGGAUUUUAUUGAGGCGCAUCAUGUAAGGGUAAAGGAGUAUGCUGGACUAGUGAAUUUUCGAUUUGUUCAGGGUUGUCCUAAUAAUUUCGACUUUGGGUUUGUUCCAAUUAUAUCUUUACCAUUGGGUACGGACAUGUUGAUACUGACAGGCAGCAGAAAAAGCGUCUUUCCUCGCCGCGCAGAACUAGUCGAUACACUAAACGCUACGUUUGCCAAAUACGCAAAUGGCACUCAUGAUGUGGUCCUCGUUGGCCACGAUAUCAAAUCCGACAUCAAGUAUCUGUCGACAAUUGGCUUCCCAGUAAACCAGUUGCCCGGUUUAAUCGGCAAUGUCGACACACAAGCCAUCUACCGCGCGUGGAAAGAUGGCACGAGAUCUCCUAGUUUAGGCAGUGUACUUGUAGACCUCGACAUCAGAUAUAAAAACUUGCACAAUGCCGGCAACGACGCGGUUUACACGCUCAGAGCAAUGGUUGCCAUUGCAGUGGUCGGACUGCACCCCGAGCAAGACGCGCAGUUACUUGAACCGUCUUAG